CAGCACCAGGAACGCACGCCUGGAAACAGCGCAGGUCCCAGCAGCUGGGGAUUCCCCUCAGCUCUUGAGCAGCCAUGUCCAACCCUACUGCUCCACCUCCGUAUGAGGACCGCAACCCCCUGUACCCUGGCCCUCCACCCGCUGGGGGCUAUGGGCAGCCAUCUGUCCUGCCAGGAGGGUACCCUGCCUACCCUGCCUACCCACAACCUGGUUAUGGCCACCCUGCUGGCUACCCACAGCCUAUGCCCCCAAUCCACCCGAUGCCCAUGAACUACAGCCCUGGCCAGGGCUAUGAUGGAGAGGAGAGAGCAGUGAGUGACAGCUUUGGGCCUGGAGAGUGGGAUGACAGAAAAGUCCGACACACAUUCAUCCAAAAGGUUUACACUAUCAUCCCUGUCCAACUACUCAUUACGGUGGCCAUCAUUGCUAUCUUCACUUUCGUGGAACCGGUCAGCCAGUUCGUGAGGAGGAAUGUGGCUGUGUACUACGUGUCUUAUGCGGUCUUCAUCGUCACCUACCUGACCCUUGCCUGCUGCCAAGGACCCAGGCGCCAGUUCCCAUGGAACAUCAUCCUGCUGACUCUCUUUACUUUUACCAUGGGCUUUAUGACGGGCACCAUUUCCAGUAUGUAUCAGACCAAAGCUGACAUCAAUGCAAUGAUCAUCACUGCUGUGGUGUCCAUUUCCGUCACCAUCUUCUGCUUCCAGACCAAGGUGGACUUCACCUCGUGCACAGGUCUCUUCUGUGUCCUGGGAAUUGUGCUGAUGGUGACUGGGAGUACUAGCAUUGUGCUGUACUUCAAAUAUAUCUACUGGCUCCAUAUGCUCUAUGCUGCUCUGGGGGCCAUUUGUUUCACCCUGUUCCUGGCUUACGACACACAGCUGGUCCUGGGGAACCGGAAGCAUACCAUCAGCCCAGAGGACUACAUCACGGGUGCCCUGCAGAUCUACACUGAUAUCAUCUACAUCUUCACCUUCGUGCUGCAGUUGGUGGAGGAUCGCAACUGAGGAGCACUGUUUCACCCACCCUGGGCUCUCCUUUCCCUGCGGGCUUGGGCCCUGUGACUGGGGUCUGGGCCUCAGACCCUUUUUUCUUCCCCUCAAGUAAUAUGCCCAGUUUCCUCUCUGUCCUGGAGAUGGGCAGCCUCUCUGGCUGUGGAGGUGUGGGAACCUGCAGUGGGCAACAGAUGCUGGAACAGUUGGGA